AUGUCCAUUCCUGAGCUCGACAUCAAAAAGUUUCAAAGUCUUCCCUCUGAGCAGCAGGAUAUCUAUCUGCUUACUUAUGUUUCUAACCUAACUAAACAUGUCUGCCACCUUUCACCGGAUGAAUGCACUGCCCAGCAGCACUACGUCAAGAAAGAAUUAUUUCAAAUACUGAACCUUACAUCUUCUCCUCAAUCGCGGGUCAUUUACAACAAUAUCGGGCGAUGUCUCGCACAUAUUUUGGGGACAGGAGAUAGAAAGCUACUAUUCGAAACAAUUAACGACCUUAAUUCAAUCGUUAUCAGCGGGAAAACUAAAGCAGAAGGAGAUCUUAAAAUUAAACAUGCAGCAGUUCACAACCUGGGUGAAGUAUUUGCCGCUGCUGGUGAUAGUGCCAUAGGAUUGCAUUCACUAGUAUGUUCAUCACUUUUAAAGACAUUCAAAAUAGCGCAACACAAUACCGGAUUGAAAGCUGCAAUAUUCAAAGCGUUAGGAAAAAUUGCGGGAAUAAUUGGAAAAAGUAUCGAUGAAACUGUAGCCAGAGAUGUUUGGAGGCAAGCCAGGACAAAUGCGUCUGGCGAUAAAGCAGUUUUGGUUCAAAUUGCUGCGUGUGACUGUCUGAGUCAGUAUAACAAAAAUACUACCUACUUUGAUAACUCUAACGACUUUGAUCACCUCAAAUCUACAAUGUUUAGGACAAUAGAUACGGCAAGCUCAAGGCUACGUCAGGCUGCUGCCGAUUGUUUAGCCCAAGCUUUAGUUAAGAAUCAUUCUGAAAAUCCACUUAACGAAAACGAGAUUCAAGUUACCAAGAGUUUAAAACGGAACAGCACAUGGAGACCUAAAAAAGGAACAGGAGACGAAGAUGAGACUCAGAAGCCAGAAAUUCAGGUCCCAAAAAAAACAAAACUAUCAUUCACACUACUAGAAAUUUUGAAACAACUAUCCACAUUCUAUGUCAAAAGUUCCACAAGCAGCAGGUCACGAGCAGGAAUUGCGAUUUGCUAUAUAAAAAUUUUCAAGACUUUGGGUGAGAGUAGUAUGGAAGCGAUGUACAUGAAGAUCGCUGAACAUCUUACUGUGGAUGUGUUGAGCCAUCCAAAUAUAACCAACAACAGAUUUCGUUUGCUAAGUACGAGGAAAUUUGUUCAAGUGAUUCUAGAAGAUGUGGUAGGAAAUAAGAUACUAGCUGAUGCUGGCCAAACUCAUGCUGCUAUGCAACUGAUCAAUGAUGUCCUAAAAAAAUACUCUGAACUAGCUAAACAACAAUUAGAGCCAGGGAAGCAGAUGCUCAUUUCGGUACUGAGCGCUCUAGCGUCUCUAAUUCAAAAUUUAGGACCAGCUUCGAAUGCAUUUUCGGAACCUUGUAAAGAAAGUUUAUUACAGGUCCUACAGCACCCAAGCUAUACAGUCCAACUAUAUGCUUCUUAUUGCUUGCGCACUCUUAUGCUAGCUUGUCCACAGCAAUUGAUUCCUUGUCUUACAAUCUGCAUGAAAAAUAUCACUAGUGAGCUUGACCUCAUAAGUACAGGAAGAAGCUCAUGCCUUAGAUGCAUUGGUCAUGCAAAUGGGCUAUGUGCUAUGAUAAGUACUACGCCCAUGCAGCCCCUAUACGGCUCAGUAGAUAUAAAUAGCCAAAUUCUCACCCUGGCAACUAAUCUGCUCAAAUCAAGUAGCAAAUCAGAACUUAGGGCAUCCAGUACACAAAUCCAGGUUGCAUGGAUUUUGAUCGGCGGUUUAAUGUCAUUAGGGCCUAACUUCGUCAAAAUCCAUCUACCUCAGCUACUCCUACUGUGGAAGAAUGCUCUACCCAAGCCAUUGGCUAAGGACAACACAUCUCAUCGUAGCUAUCUCGAGUACUGCUUUCUGACACAUGUAAGGGAAUGUGCUCUUAGCUCAAUAUUGGCGCUUCUACAAUUUAACGCUAGGUUAUUAACUGUAGAUGUUUCAAAGCGUAUUGCCUCAAUGCUACAAAACACUACUUUGUUCCUCAAAAACCUUCCAUCAAAAAAAUUCAGUGAUGAUAUAACUCAGCGGCUAACACCUUCGCUGCAAUUAUUUGACUUAGACCUUAUGACCCAGCGUCGUGUAUUACAGUGUUAUACAAAAUUGGUCAACUUAAGCCCCGAAGGCAGAGAUACGUUAUUCCAAUCAAAUCUUCUUACAAUGGCAGUAUCAUUCUUUGCUGACCCAGAAGACUAUAGCCAGCGCUCACUAAGUACAUCUAUUGCCAGCUCGGCAGGGAAUUUCGAGACAAUAUGGGACCUCAGCGACAAUUACGGUUUUGGAGUUAAUGGAUUAAUUCAUGGAUUUAAAGUAAAGAAGCUUUAUGGUCAGCAUGAUAGCCACGAAGUAGAUGACUGGAUUCAGAGCAAUGGAAGUGAGGCAGGUAUCAUGAAUGACUUAAUUUCACCGAUAUGUAGUUCUCUAGAGCAUGAUUCUCUAUCACUUUACAUUGAAGACUUAAAAAACCCCGAUAAUAUUCCGGAUUCACCUGCUACUGAGGUAGUUAAUGUAGCCAUCCAACUUUUUGCUUUUGCAUUUCCUCUGGCACCCCCAAAAAUUCAAGAAAGCAUAUUAGAGCAGAUAAUAACUUUCAUAUCGACUGGGUCCUUACAACGUGAUCCUGGAAGGAAGGCAGCUAUGAAUAUCAACGUUGCGACGUCUCUAUACUAUACGUUAAAAGUAGCUGUGAAGGAAACAAAUUCUCCUUCGGGAGACAUAACAAGCACAGCCGUUGUGAAUCUUAUGCAGGGUCUACUACGCCAGUUUGUCAUACAUCCAGAUCAUUACGUUCGUCGACUUGGAUAUGAAAGUUUAGCUAGGAUGUGUAAGAUUUCGGGGAGCUCAUUUACAAACUCUGAGAUAAAGCAUCUCGUUGAUAUUAUCAUUGGAAACCGUGAGCCUAGUGCAAGAGCUGGUUGUGCAAAAGCUCUCAGUGCUGUUCAUUCACAAGUUGGAAACAUGGCAGUAGGAUUUCAUUUGAAGACUAUUGUUGGUAUAUUAAUGUCUCUUGGUAACGAUCCUCAUCCCACCGUACAUUUCUGGGCACUUGAUUCUCUAUCGAUGGUAGCGGAAUCUGCUGGCUAUAACUUUUCGGGAUAUGCUCUAAGCUGCUUAGGGAUGUUAGGGCAAUUAUAUGUAGUAGAUACGCACAACGAAGAAGUUUCCUCUGCUAUCAACUCAAACCUGGAAAUAGAGCUACCAACUCCAGCAGUUAUUGCUCGCUGUGUUGAUGCCCUUGUGAAUGUACUCGGGCCAGAUUUACAGGAUAUCGUAAAGCCACGAGAGUUGGUCUUAACACUUGUCAGUCAACUUCAGGAUGAGGAAAGUCCUCUAGUUCUAAGUGGAAGCUUACGUUGUCUGGAGCAUUUAUCUCUCUACGCUCCAGGACAUAUGGUAUUUAUUGACUAUGUCAGACUCCUACAGAAAAAGCUUAACUCAGGUAAUCCACAGCUAAGGGAGAUUGCAAUAGAUGGUCUUUACAACUUAAUGAAGCGAAACUCAGAAGAGGUUGUGAAGGCUGCGGAAUCUGGAUUUGAAGAUCAGCUUUGGCUUGCACUGGAUUCUACCCCCAACCAUGAAGGUCUAAAGAAUGUCAUUCGAAAUUGGCUAGAACAGUCAUGUCUUACGGAAACAUCUCUAUGGCUUCAGAGGUGUCAAACGGUCUUAACUAUGACCCGACCGAAAUGUACGGACGCUAUGAAGUCUUCCACAAAGACUACCAAUACAACUCUAGAUUUGCAGGAUGAAGAAGUUGCAGGAUUUGCUGCAGCUUCAGGCCUUAGCAAAGAUGAUGCGGCAGGAUCUGUUUCUGGACAAGAGCUUUUAAGGUGGCAAGUCCGAAGCUUUGUCAUGAGCUGUUUACAUGAGAUAUUUGUGAUCGUUAGUAGAGCUACAUCUAAGAAUCUUGAUGGCGCAUCAUCUGCAACAGUAGCGCUUCAAAAGAAAGUCGCCGAAGUCAUUCGUAUGGCAUUUUCGGCAUCGACUUCAAAUGUACUCACCCUUCGAGUCUGGGGCUUGAAAGUUAUCGAUGAUACCCUCAAAAUGUUUGGAAAAACUCCUGAUCCAGAUUUUAUUGAAGCACCAUUGUUAGAACAGUACCAAGCACAAAUUAGUUCAGCUUUAACACCCGCAUUUGCAUCAGAUUCAUCUCCGGAGCUAGCAUCUGAAGCUAUAAAUGUCUGCGCCGUAUUUAUUGCGACUGGUAUUGUUACUGAUGUCGAUCGAAUGGGUCGUAUUUUUAAGACACUAGUCACAGCCCUUGAAAACUUUUCGACAGGGGCAGAAACUCAAUCUAUUGGAGACUUAAAAGAUCUAAGCUCGAAUGCCCAAGUCAUGGUUAAAUUGGCUGUAUUCUCGGCUUGGGCUAAACUACAGGUCGCAAGUAUAGAGCAGAAGUAUCUAGUUGGAAUUUUAAAGCCAUACGUUGGUACACUCACGCCAUUAUGGCUUGCUGCCCUCAGAGAAUUUGCGCGACUCCGUUUUGAGCCAGAUAUCUCAAUGACAUUGGGACCGCCUUCUCUUUCAGGCAGCUUGGAUAGUAUCUACUCAGCCCUCAAUCGUGAAACUUUACUCCGAUUUUACCAAGAAUCAUGGUUAAAACUUGUUGAUGCUAUUGCAAGUCUAAUCGAGCAAGAUAGUGAAUUUGUUUUCGAUGCCUUAGACGGAAAAGAAACUGACACACCAACAGUUAAUGGAUAUUCUAAAUCUAAUGAUAUUAACUAUCGAGAUGAACCCGUGGCCUUCUUUUUUGUGUUAUUUGGCAUUGCCUUUGAAGCAUUAGUCACUCGAAUUGGGACUGAUGCGUUAGCAACUAGAGGACAGACGCUAUAUAUCCUGGAGGCUCUUAGAAAAAUACUUCAUCCAAGCGUCUCCGGUCAUGCUAUAUACCGUGAGGCGGUGUUUUCCGAGACAAUGGACUCAUUAGAUCGGCUCGUGCUCACCGAAGGUUUAGACGUUCAAGGAGUGAUUGUGCAAAUUGCACGGAGACUCUGUAUUUCUCAUCCAUCAGCAACUAAGUCGGAAGAGAUAGAGGAUGGCGAUUUAUCAGAAGAUAUUGACCAGCUUUUUGAGCUAACGCGUAUAAUUGUGCUGGUUCUGACAGGAAUUUUACCAGAUCUCGUCGAGAGUAAACCAGCUGCACGUCAUCAGCUGAGUGAUGAAGCAGUAUCUCUAAUACGUGUAUCUUUAAGUUCUUUAGUUGAUGCUGCGGAAGUUUUUCCAUCAAUCAUAAAGACAGAUCUACAUGCUUGCAUUAUCCAUAUAUUUGCUACAAUACUUGGUACUGUAAGCUGCCAAGCAUUAGUAGUUCCCCAGUCACUUCCGAUCUUUAAAAGAUUCAUUCACAGUAUAUCUACAGCGAUAGAUAAGGGUUCCAAAAAUACAAAUACUAACAUUUUACAAAUACAAGGUUGCCUUAAACGACUUUUAUCAAUUUACUUUGAUGCGCACAAGCAAGAAACGGAGGCUUCUCUUCUUUGUGUUAAGAACAUACUUUUAGCCACCACCAUACUGCUCACUGGUGGUAAGAAUCAACUCACAGCAAGUGAGCCUCUAGUUUCUUGCUUCUUGGAUGAGUUACUAAAUUGUUUGAAUGAUCGCCUGACUGCCAAGGUUGCUAUAGGUUGCGUUCGCACACUCCUACUGCAAUCACCAAAAACACUAGCAGAUCAAAGUAUUUCUCGCUACUUGCUACCUCGUCUGAUUGCAUUUGGAUCGAACUCAAGACAUGAGGACCCAGAAGAUGCUAGAUCGCAAAUCAUGCAUACUCUGACAAAAUUUUCCUCUACAUUUUCGGGUGAAGCAAGAACGAUUGCAGUCAACCUCGUAUUAUCGGCACUUCUAAGUAGAGCAGUAAUAGAAGGACCAAAUAUAUAUUCAGAAACCAGUGCUAGGCUCUUUGAUCUUGCAGCAAUAGAUCAAGUAACUUUUCGAAGUCUAGUCGGUGAGAUGAAUGAAGGACAGAAGCAACUCAUAGAAAAUGUGAUAUCGGCGGGUAGGCAAGCACAAGUGGCCGAUAAGACUCUGGAUAAUGAUAUGGAUUUAAAAGGGCCAACAAUAGAGCUCAGGAUGGACUUUGGAAUGUGA